CCUGAACAUCAACACACACAUCGCUCCCCCUUCUUCCCCCACCCCCUCAGGAGUAGCCACUCAAUAAAGAGUGUGUCGUUUUUUUUCCUCUGGUUGAACAAGUCUAAAGAACACAAGGGGAGGGUCAUUAAUAACUAAUUACCGUGGGUCAGACCUGACGCAUAUAAAGCCCACCGGGACCUUGGUAAGGCGAAACAUUCUCUCGACACUUAGCAAGAAGAGAGCACAUUGGCAUUGCAUUGGGCUCAAACUGAUUCAUCGAUUACAUUCGCCUUUUACCACAUAGAUAUUCGCUUUAAAUUUAACAGCAAGGGGGGUACUGUUUUAUCGCAGGGAUAUUAGUUAAGAGUUUCAUCAUGGGUUCAGUGUUGCCUGCAGAUGCUCUGGUUCUGAAGGCUGGAUUUAAGCAGCAGACUCUGGCCCUGUCCGACAUCAUCACAUCAGACAUCCUGCACAGUUUCCUGUACGGCCGCUGGAGGAACGUCCUGGGCGAACACCUGUUCGAGGAGAAGACCAGCACUGUCAGCCCCAAAACUGCCUUCACCGCCGAGGUCCUGGCGCAGUCGUUCUCCGGAGAGGUCCAGAAACUCUCCAGUUUAGUGCUGCCAAGUGAAGUCAUCAUUGCGCAGAGCUCAAUCCCUGGAGAAGGACUUGGCAUCUUCUCCAAGACCUGGAUAAAAGCUGGCACCGAGAUGGGUCCCUUCACAGGCAGGGUCAUUUCACCCGAGCAUGUGGACCUCUUCAAGAACAACAAUCUCAUGUGGGAGGUUUUCAAUGAAGAUGGCACAGUGCGCUAUUUCAUCGAUGCCAGCCAAGAGGAUCAUCGCAGCUGGAUGACUUACAUCAAAUGCGCGCGCAACGAGCAAGAACAGAACCUGGAGGUCGUGCAGAUCGGAAGCAGUAUAUUUUACAAAGCAGUAGAGACAAUACCUCCAGAUCAAGAACUGCUUGUGUGGUAUGGGAAUUCCCAAAACACUUUCCUGGGUAUCCCUGGAGUCCCUGGUAUAGAGGAUGAACAACAGAAGAUUAAAAAAAGUGAUGAUUUCCACCUGUGUGACACCUCCUCCACUACGGCGCUUUCCACCGCCAGCCGCAUGCGCUGCGUCAUCUGCCACCGCGGCUUCAACUCCCGCAGUAACUUGCGCUCCCACAUGCGCAUACACACUCUGGACAAGCCCUUUGUCUGCCGUUUCUGCAACCGCCGCUUCAGCCAGUCCUCCACCCUCCGUAACCAUGUGCGCCUCCACACGGGCGAGCGCCCCUACAAGUGCCACGUCUGCCAGAGCGCGUACUCCCAGUUGGCAGGGCUGCGGGCGCACCAGAAGAGCGCCAGGCACCGGCCGGCCAACACAGGGUCUGUAGUGGGGCUGCAGGCCCACUCGCCCCCUCCUCCACCUCCUCAACUGGCACAGGUUCCUCAUCCGGCCUCGCUGGUGCAUCACAUACCCACCAUGGUGCUAUGAGAAGGCAUGAAGCGUCUUAGAUGUUUGCAAUCUCACAGGCUGUUCUUCAGUGCUGCCAGCUCAUGUGUUGAAGUCUGUCUAUGACAAGCUGGCCCUGAGUACUUUCACCUUUAGCGGAUUCUUCGCGGUUCCUUAAAGGUGAAGAAGUGGUCAGAUAUGAUGAACGACUCCUGCAGAACUCAGUUAUGACAGCACUGAAGUGAAAAGGAUGGUCAAGGAAUGUUCAUGUUGAAUUCAUUGCCAGAACUACUGUUCACGCACCGAUGGCUCUUUGUUCUGGCGGAUAUCUGCCACAUUAUAUCUGAUCAAACACGAUCAUUUAAGUUAAACAGUAGUCAGUGUAUCUUUUAUUCAUAUUUGCAUGCAAAAGUAUUGUUUUGUCCCAAUCCACUAAGGAUAAAGCCACAUCACCUCAUUCGCUUUAGCCACUAUGAAGGAUCCACUGGGAUCAAGCACCACUUAGUGACUGAUUUGUGUCACUGCAGCCCAAUCAGAGUAGUGGGUCUCAAAGCAUGUUUAUUGUGAAUGAACAAUAUGAAGUAUGUAAAGGAAUGUAUAUAUGAUUUGAAGAUUUACUUCCAACAACAUGGAAUAGUCACUUUAUCUGUGUAUGUAUGUAAAGUUUAAAGUAUUAUUACAAAACUUGGUUCUAUUAUAUUAUGUAUACUAUGUUUGCUUAUAAAAAAUUCUUUGGGUAUUCACUUGUAU